AUGAGGUCAUUCCUUCUGUUAUUGACAUUAUGUCAAUUAGCUUUUUCUUGUACUCUCUGUCAUUUCCGAACUCCUCCAAGACCAAGACCAUUGGAUCAGUACAAGCUUCCAAAAAUCGGCGCCAAACAAUUCGAUUUGGAGAAAAUGCCGAAACUCUGUAAUUCUGCUAAACAAUUGCCAGUGGAACCAGAGUGUCAGGCCCAGUUUGAAAAAAUAUUUUGUUCUGCUGAUAAGUUGACAGAUACGUUUCGAGGGUGUCCGACAAACGUGAAUAAAUCAUUGAGCGAACAGGAGCAAUGCUCUCAGUGUGCUUAUCAGAAAGCUAAUAACGGUUGGGUUCUCAGAUGGUUCGAUUCACUUGGAAAACCGGCAGCUGGUAUCACUGAAGGGAACUAUUAUUGGCUUGGAGACUAUGAACUAUGUGCUGCUCUUGCAACGUGA